AUGGCACCCUACAUGAGUCAUGGACCGUCUUCCUCUGAGCUUAGCUCCCCGGUGGAGAGCAUGCAGUCGCCCACAGGAGGGCCUGUACAGCCCAUCGCAGUCAUUGGGAUGAGUUGCAAGUUCUCUGGAAACGCGACAACUCCAGAGAAGCUAUGGCAACUCAUCGUUGAGGGAAGAGACGGCUGGUCUCCAAUACCAAAGUCGAGAUUCAAUGCCGAUGCUUUUUAUGACAAAGAUCAUGCUAAGAAUGGGAAGACAAAUGUGGUCGGCGGCCAUUUUCUCAAAGAUGAUGUCUCUCAGUUCGAUGCGUCGUUUUUCAACUUUACCGCUGAAAUUGCCAACGCGAUGGAUCCACAAAUUCGUCUGCUUCUUGAGUCCGUAUUUGAAUCAGCGGAAAAUGCCGGUGUAACUCUGCAACAGCUUGCAGGAAGUGACACCUCGGUUUUCGUCGGUUCCUUCUCCAGGGAUUAUCAUGACAGUCUCUUGCGUGACCCGGACACACUACCAAGAACGACUCUAACCGGCAAUGGUGUCGCGAUGAUGUCAAACAGAAUUUCUCAUUUCUUUGAUCUUCGUGGCCCAAGCCUUACCACAGACACUGGAUGCUCAGCAAGUUUGACUGCUCUGCAUCUUGCUGUGAACAGCAUUCGCAAUGGAGAGUCUCGAAUGGCCAUCGUUGGCGCCUCAAAUCUUUUGCUCAAUCCUGAUCCAUUCAUUGUUAUGUCGAGCUUAGGAGUUCUUGGUGCUGAUGGCCGAUGCUUCGCUUGGGAUAGUCGGGCAAACGGAUAUGGCAGGGGAGAAGGCAUUGCAACACUUCUUCUAAAGCCGCUCCGAGAUGCACUCGCUGAUGGAGAUUCCGUCCAUGCCGUCAUUCGAGAGACUGCAGUCAAUCAAGAUGGUAAAACACCUACCAUCACGUCGCCAUCUUCUGAGGCGCAAGAGGAGUUGAUACGAGCAUGCUAUCGAAGAGCCGGGCUUGAUCCUUCUCAGACAGCGUACGUCGAAGCGCACAUGACGGGCACUCCAACCGGCGAUCCUAUCGAGGCUGCCGCCAUAAGCCGCGUAUUCAGCAAAGGACGUUCUGUCAAUAAUCCCGUGUUAGUGGGAUCUAUCAAAACAAACUUGGGUCAUUUGGAGGCGGCCAGCGGAAUCGCAGGAGUUAUCAAAGCUAUCAUGAUGCUGAAAAAUGAGGUGAUUCCGCCGAACCUGAACUACGAAAAAGCCAACCCCGACAUCGAUAUGAAGUCACUCAGCGUAAAGAUUCCACUCAAAGCACAGGACUGGCCCCGAGGAAUUCCGCGGCGUGUUUCAGUCAAUAACUACGGUUACGGAGGAACCAACGGGCAUGUGAUCAUCGAUGGUGCUAGUGAGCACAUCAAUCAGUGUUCUUCGAUAGCACUGAAGAAGACCGAGCCUCGUCUCAUUGUCAUGAGUAGCAAAGAUUCCAAUGUUACUGCGCAGAUGGUCAAUAACCUCAAGAGCUACCUAGAGGCUCGGACAACGUCGGGCCAAAAGCUUGAUCUUGACAACUUGGCACACACCUUCCAAACGCGUCGGUCGCAUUUCCCGUGGCGAGUCGCUAUAUCGAGCACCGACUGUGAGGCAAGCUUGAUAGAGGCUCUUGAAGACCCCGUUAAGAAAGCUGUGACUCUUGCGAAGGAUCCUCCUCGCAUCGGCUUUGUCUUCAAUGGACAAGGAGCUCAAUGGCAUGCCAUGGGUCGCGAACUCAUCUCAGUCUAUACGGUCUUCAGAAAGGCUCUUCUUCGCGCAGAUGUCGUUUUGGGAGACUACGGUGCAGACUGGUCCCUUGUAGAAGAGCUUCAACGGGACGAGACUUCUACACGCGUCAACGAGCCUCGCUUGAGCCAGCCCGUCUGCGUCGCUCUUCAGAUUUGUCUAGUUGACCUUUGGGAGUCGUGGGGAAUCCAACCCAGCGCUGUCACCAGUCACUCAAGUGGCGAGAUUGCAGCAGCAUAUGCCGCCGGCGCGUUAACAUUCGAAGAGGCUUUGGGCGUUGCUUAUUUCCGUGGUGUCUUGACGGAGAAAUAUCAGAACGCUUCCACUGUUCCGGGAGGUAUGAUGGCAGUCGGUCUCGGAGCCGAUGAUGCAUGGGCCUACUUAGCGGAGAACGGUGUCACAAAGGGCACCGUUACCGUGGCUUGCGUCAACAGUCCAUCAAGUGUCACUCUUUCAGGAGAUUUAGAUGCGAUCCAGCGUCUAGAGAAGCAAUUCUCCGAGGAUCAGAUUUUCGCUCGCGCACUGAAGGUCAAGUCAGCCUAUCAUUCCCAUCACAUGCUUCCUAUGGCGGAAGAAUAUCUCACAGAGCUACAAAACAUCAUUCACCCGAAGCUUAAAUGGCAAAAGCUUGUUUACUCCUCACCCGUCACGGGCAAUUUGAUCGAUAAUCCGGAGAAGCUAGGUUCACAACACUGGGUGAAUAACCUGUUGUGGCCGGUUUUGUUCUCUCAAUCAUUUGAGAACAUGUGCAUUUCAGGGACCAGUGGAGAGGCCAACGUGGACUUCAUUCUCGAACUUGGUCCACACUCAGCUCUUGCUGGUCCAAUUCGGCAAAUCUGCAAAGUCCCGGUCCUAAAGGAACUCAAUCUGCCUUAUAUAUCGGGCUUGGUCAGAGGCCAGAACGCUGCAGUAUCCAUGCAGAUGGCUGCUGGAGCUUUAUGGUGCAAGGGAUCUCCAAUUGAUCUCUCUGCUGUGAACUGCCAGCAGGAUUGCAAUAGUUUACGAGUCAUCUCAGACCUCCCUUCGUAUCCUUGGAACCAUGCCAAUAGCUUCUGGCAAGAGUCCCGGAUGAACGUCGCUCAUCGCAUGCGGAAACAUGCUCGCCAUGAGCUACUUGGGUCUAUGUUGCCAGGGCCCUCCUCAACCAGCCCCAUAUGGAGGCACUUCCUCAGAGCCAAUGAUCUUCCAUGGCUUCGGGAUCACCUGGUCCAGUCUGAUAUCGUUUAUCCGGGGGCCGGCGGAAUCUCUAUGGCCAUAGAAGCUCUGCGACAAUUCUCUGAAGUUCCAGUUGAGACUAUAGAUGGUUACUCUCUGAGAGAUAUCGAGAUCAGCAAUGCCCUGGUCAUCCCGGAUACAGAAGCCGGAAUCGAGAUCCAGCUAAUUUUACACCCUUGUGAUGACAAGAGUUUGGAGUCGGGGUGGUAUGAAUUCUCCAUGGAAUCACCAACCAGCGACGGGAACUCGUGGAUUCAGCAUAUUCACGGUUAUAUCUCCCAGAAACAGAAGUCAAGGGCCACUUUAUCGCCUGCUGUACGUGUGGGCGACGUUACCGGACAAAGCAAUUCUGCGUAUUCCCGUAUUGUGAGAGUUGAGGAUUUGUUCGGCCGACUGAGGAAGAUGGGGCUGCAACAUGGCCCGACCUUCCAAAACAUGGUUGGCAUUCAAGCCAGCGAUUCUGGAUCGAGGUUCCAGUUCAAGGUGGCGGAUGUGAAAUCCUCAAGCAGUCACCUUCUCCACCCUACCACACUGGAUUCGAUUUUUCAAGGAGCUUAUUCCGCACUCUCUCCCAAGGCAUUCCAGAAUUCGAUGGUGAUGCCUCGAGCCAUCCAGCACAUAUAUGUUUCGCAGUCCAUCGUCUCGACUCCAAAUUCCAAGUUCGAGUCGUUUGCAACAAUUGAUCGUUGCGACAAGUCCGGCUUCCGGUCUUCAAUAACCACUCGUGAUCACAGCAAACCAGAAGCCACGAGUUUGGAAGUCAAGGGUCUCUUUUGCCAGGCAAUAGGCGGUGGAGGUCUGGGUCAGCACAAACAAAACCCGUCUAAGCUGCUUUUCAAGAUGCAUUGGCAUCCCGACUUUUCUCUCAUGCCAACUGAUCAGCUGAAGGCGGAACUCAAGUCCGAGGUUGAUCCAUCUGAGCUGUCAGUCAAUAAGAGGCUUGUCAAGGCAGCGUGGUAUUUCAUACAAGACGCCAUACAAGAUCUGGGCUUCGACAAGACUUCCCUAGGAGAAAUGGAGUGGUAUCACAAGUCGCUUUAUGAUUGGAUGGAAGUCAACUACAAAUUUGGACUUGAUGGGACGCUCGCUCGCGGAAGCGCUUCAUGGGCCAAAGCAAGUCAAGGCAUGCGCCACAUGCUCUUCGAUGAAGUUGCCUCCCAGAGCGUUAAUGGACGUCUUCUAUGUCGCGUUGGGAAGAACCUGUCUCGUAUUCUCAGAAAGCAGGUCGCUCCAUUAGAGGUAAUGAUGGAAGGCAACCUGCUGUACGAAUUCUACGAGAAGGCUCUCAGAUGCAACAGGUCUUACGAGCAGGUUCAAAAACUGGUGCAUAUGCACUCAAUGAAGCACCCCCGUGCGAAAGUUCUUGAGAUUGGAGGAGGCACCGGUGGAUGCACGCGAUCAGUACUCAACGGCCUGUCUGAAGACACCCCUGAUCACCGACGCCGCUUCUCAUCAUACACGUUCACUGAUGUCUCCGCCGGAUUUUUCGAAGCUGCGGCGAAGAAGUUCGAAGAUUUUGGAGACAUGAUCACCUUCCGGAAACUUGACAUCGAAAUUGAUCCUGUGGAGCAGUCCUUCGAGGCAGGCUCGUAUGAUCUUAUUAUCGCAUGUCAAGUUCUCCAUGCUACCAAGAAUAUGGAGAAGACGAUGAGAAAUGUUCGUAAACUCUUGAAGAAGGGCGGGCAGCUCAUUCUGGUUGAGACCACGAAAGACACGCUGGAUGUACAGCUGAUUUUUGGGGCACUUCCUGGCUGGUGGCUAGCUGAAGAAGCCGAGCGCAAGAGUGGACCUAACCUCACUCUUGAUCAUUGGGGACGGGUUCUUGCCAAUACUGGAUUCAGUGGAAUUGAUUUAGAGGUGAAGGACAUGGAGGAUCGUGCGAAUUACUCCUUCAGUGUCAUGACUUCAACCGCGGUCGCACCAGCAACAUUUCCUUCUGAAGUCUUCGUACUGAGCCCGGCUGAAACAGUCCCUGUCAACUGGAUGCGGGACUUGGAGGGUCAAAUUCAGUCCGAGACCGGCACCAGCUGCAAUACCAUGGACUGGAGAUCAGUUGAUGCUACCGACAAAGUCUGCAUAAUGCUUGAAGAAGCAGUCGCACCCCUGCUAAGACGGCUGAGCCGUGAAGAAUUCAUCUGUGUUCGAAGACUCUUGACAGCCGCUCGGGGCGUACUGUGGGUUACAAGAGGUAGUCUCAUCGACGGCGCUGAACCUGACAUGGCUUUGCACUCUGGACUACUUCGCACCCUCAGGAUGGAAGAUGCCGGACGACGAUAUAUCUCCCUCGAUCUCGAGACUACCGAGCCCCUGUGGUCCGCAAAGAACGCCGAACUAAUUGGGAAUGUCUUCAAAGCUACCUUUGAUCUUUCCCUCAGCUCGUACGAGUUUGAUUGCGAAUACGCCGUCAAGAACUCUGUCCUCCACAUAACGCGUAUCUAUAAUGACGACUCGGGGAACAUGUCAUUAUCGCCCGAAGCUGCUGAGCAAGAGCCUCAACUCAAACCGUUUGGCACCAGCGGUGAAGGCUCAAAUCUACAAAUGGACGUUGGCAUGCCUGGCCUCCUAGACUCCUUGCACUUCAGGGAAGUCAAUCUUCAAGACUUGGAUAAGGACCAGAUUGAGAUCGAGCCUCGCGCAUUUGGUCUCAACUUUAGGGAUGUUUUAGUGGCACUUGGUCAACUAGAUGAAACCAUCAUGGGUUAUGAGUGCAGUGGCAUCGUCACUAAAAUGGGCCCGGAGGCAGAGCAGAAGAGCGGAUUGAAGGUUGGAGACCGAGUCUGUGCCAUCCUACGCGGACAUUGGGCGUCAAGAGUCUCUAUCAAUUGGCCCUGUGCUGCUCGUGUCCCAGACAGCAUGUCAUGGGAGGAAGCGGCGACAAUCCCUAUGGUUUUCGCCACGGCAUUCCAUGGGCUCUUUGACGUUGGCCGACUUUCAAAGGGAGAAUCCGUCCUUAUCCAUGCAGCGACGGGAGGUGUUGGCCAGGCCGCUGUGAUGCUCGCCAAGCAAAGAGGUGCUGAAGUUUUCGCCACGGUCGGAACCGAGGCCAAACGCGACUUUAUCAUGAAAGAGUUUGGCAUUCCGCAAGACCACAUUUUCUCCAGCAGAGACACGUCUUUUGGUCCUGCUCUGAUGGGUGCCACAGACGGCAAAGGCGCCGAUGUUGUGCUGAACUCUCUUGCUGGGCCGUUGCUCAAAGAGACUUGGAACUGCAUGGCGAGGUUUGGUCGUUUCAUCGAGAUUGGGAAGAGAGACAUAGAAUCGGCCAAGAACCUAGACAUGAGCCCUCUCCGGCGCGCAGUGACCUUUGCCGCAGUCGACCUAUUUCAGCUGGGCAAGUUUAAGGGUCACAUUGUUCAGAAUGCUCUCCAGGGUAUCAUGGAGAUGUUCAGUCGAGGAGAGUUACGGGUGGUUACCCCCAUGACCACCUUCCCUAUUUCAGAAGUUGACAAGGCUUUCCGAUUGAUGCUAAGCGGAAAACACCUUGGGAAGAUCGUAGUUCAACCACGACAGACACAUCUAGUGAAGGUCAUUCCUUCCUCAAUCCCAGCUCGUCUAUUACAAAACGCAACUUACCUCAUUGCUGGUGGUAUGGGUGGCAUUGGUCAAUCUAUUGCGCGCUGGAUGGCUCGGGACCUUGGCUGCAAGAGCCUCAUCAUCCUCUCCCGGAACGCGCGUACGCAUCCAGGAUCUGCGGCUCUGAUCUCCGAGCUUGAGACGAAUGGUUGCAGAGCAAUCGUGCGGAAUUGCGACGUCUCUAACGAAAAUGAUUUCCGCCGAGUCGUUCACGAAGCUGGUCGAAGCUUCCCACCCGUUCGGGGGGUGAUCCAGGCUGCUAUGACUUUGAAUGACUCUAUUUUCCCCAAUAUGACAUAUGAGCAAUGGCAAGCUGCAACAGGCCCUAAGAUUGCAGCCACGUGGAAUAUGCAUAAUCACCUUCCGGACCUUGACUUUUUCAUUUUACUUUCGUCCCUCACAGGACUCGGAGGUAACACCAGUCAAGCCAAUUACUCGGCCGGAGGAACCUUCCAAGAUGCUUUUGCGAAGUACCGCACAUCGAAGGGUCUUCCUGGAGUUUCAAUUGAUUUGGCCAGUAUUCAAGAGGUCGGGUUCGUUGCCAACACUGAGGGAGUUGCAGAACGCCUGACCAAGACCGGCCUAGCUGAUAUCGAUGAGGCCAAUCUACUCAAGAUCAUUGAGACAGCUAUCCAGAAGCCCAGUCGGCCUGUCGACCUUAGUCAGCUCAUCACAGGCAUUGUCGAUUUUGAUGAGACUUCCACGGUCGCCUGGGUAAACGACACUCGGUUCUCGUCUCUCUGCGCCAACCGCAGCAAACAGAGCGGCACGCGUGGACGGACAGACCGCAAAGGUGGGACAGCAAUGCGGCUGUCUGACUCGUUGCAGUCAGCGACCAGCAGCACAAGUGCGGUGGCCCUUAUCUUGGAUGCUGUAAUAUCGAAGCUGUCUGAAAUGUUUGGGCUGGAUGCUGCCGAAAUCGACAAGAAGCACCCCGUUUCCAAGUACGGCGUUGACUCACUGAUUGCUGUGGAAUUGCGCAAUUGGCUCGUGUCUAGCGCGGGCGCCGAAACGACAAGCAUUUUUGACGUGUUGCACAGCCCGAGCUUAAGCGUCCUGGCUGAAAAGAUUGGAGAAAAGAGUCGCUUUGUUCCAACCCUAGUCAAGACCGCAUAG